AUGCAAGGGGAGUCUGCCGGGUUGUACAUUCGCAACGCAGAAGAGAUGAAACAGCCCCGUAUGCGAUGCGGCGGGCCGCAGCACGCACUGCUGGGGAAGACGCGCCGGCCGCGCACCGCCUUCACGUCGCAGCAGCUGCUGGAGCUGGAGAAGCAGUUCCGCCAGAACAAGUACCUGUCCAGGCCCAAGCGCUUCGAGGUCGCGACCAACCUCAUGCUCACCGAGACGCAGGUGAAGAUCUGGUUCCAAAACCGGCGCAUGAAGUGGAAGCGCAGCAAGAAGGCGCAGCAGGAGGCGAAGCUGAAGGAAGAGUGCGACCACGACCCUGGAUAUGUCUACGUUGACAAGACAGCAUUUUGUUUUUAUUUGACACUUGUGCCUAACUACAUAUUAGACCAAUAUGUGAUAACUGUUGUUCAAUACAGCCCACGUGAAGGUUGA